AUGUCCGUCAUUCAAGUUGAAGAUCUCGUCUCCUACCAGCUGCGCACCAGCUAUCUAAACGACAUCGCUGAUGGCGUCGGCGAGCGACUUCUCACCGUAAACGAGACCCUCGUCAACACAGCACCGUUCAAAGCCGCAGGAUGGCGCCCGACGUCGAGUCACAAGCGGACGCAUUCCCCCCCGAUUCCCACGGCGAUUGCCUCGGAAUACUUUCAGGCCCCACGCCAGCUUGGUUUCUCGCUCGAGGAUGGCGAGGAUGACGGAGGCAUGUUGACGCACGGCGGCGCUGACACCGUUGGCCCCGGCAUCGCGACUAAGAGGCGCAGGCGCCGAGAGCAGAUGGAGGAGGACGACAGCAGCGACCUCAGCGACGAGAGCGAAGAGGAGCAGGAGCAGCGUGACGCGCAGCGAAUAAAGUUCGCCAAGAUGCCCCUCCGCCAUCGCGCGGGGUCGUCGCCGCUGCAGAAUACAGCCCUCCGCAAUCGCGCUGGCUCUUCGCCUCUGCAGAACACGACCCUCAGGCAGCCGUUUGGCAGCACGUCGCCGAGGGCGGUUCGUCGUGGCUCCCAGUCAGCCCUUGAGACGGUCAAGGAACGCGCGCGGAGAGACACGGUCACUAGCAGCGAGAUUUCCUCCGAGAGCGAGUUUGACCUUCCCCAGAGGCACCGCGAGGCUGCACGGGCUGCGGCUCGCACGCUGAAGUUGCAGGACAAGAUUAACGAGGAACCUACACCAGGCCUCAACCGAGCCGACACUACGUUACUGCCAGAGGAGGAGGAAGACUCAGAUGAAGGGUCUGAUAUCUCGGAAGACUACGUCGGAAGCAUCGACUCAGCAUCCAUUCUCAACGCAGUUGAAACUGGCUCACCAACAGAACCAGUCGUCGGCACCCCUCCGCGGGAGUUCCGUAGACAAUCAAAACGGAUAUCACAGCUGCCAUCUGAGCCUGCAAAGUUGUCCGCUCUACCCCCUCCCCGACCUCUCAGCACCAUUCGGCCUCUCAGCAUUGUAAAGCCAACAAGUCUGCUCACUCAAGCUCUGAAAGCCAAGGACACCAAGCCAUCAAUACCAUUCCAAAAGUUCGCACACUACAACGGCCAAGGCACGACAGGUUCCAUCGCUGUCCGAAUAUACCCAGCAUAUGGCAAAACAGCAAGCAGGCCGUUUGAGGUGCCUAUCCGACCCCGUGUGAGCGACGGACAGGGUGCCGAACGGGCCGUGACCGUUGCAGACCUGAUUGGGUUGAGUUUAUAUCGAUACAAUGAGGAGAAGAGGGAGCCUCGUCUGCCACGAGACAAGCUGAAUAUAAACUGGUGGACGCUGCGAAUGGUGGAGGAUGGUGGUGAAGUAGACGACGAUUUCCCGCCGUUCGAGAGAACAAAGCCUCUUGUUUCCUUCACCACUGUCCACAACGCGGGCUUGAGAGGCGGCGGUCGUAUGCGCUCCAACUCGAGAGCCUUUGACGACUUUGCUUUGGUCCUCGCGGAUGAGGACGAGUAUGAAGCUAAUAAGAAGCUCACCCCACAGGAGGACGAACAAGUGGCACCGCAGCCCGUCCCGGUGAGUGACGCGAAGGAAGCCCGCAAAGAGCUUCCACAGCCUGGCGCUGCGACAGCACAGCCGGGAAUCGGCCAUCCUCGACAGAACCCCAUUGUUACGACUACUUAUCGUUCCAACACGCCAUUUGCGGAUGCACCACAGAACCGGAACGUCAUGCCCAACACCAACCGCGGCCAGCAAAAACUGCUACGGGUGCACAUCAUGUCCUCUGAUACUGUGCCCGGGCAGAUGGUGACGGUUGACGUGACGACGGAUACAUAUCUCGAAGAGGUGCUCGAUCUGGUAUGCCGUAAAAGGCAGCUUGACAAGGCCAACCAUGUCCUCAAGCUGCCAGGCUCUGGCGUCGUGGCCAUGGUUGACCGGCCUGUCUCGUCCAUUGGCAACGUCUCCGAUCUAGAGCUAUAUCGACGGCGCUUCGGAACGGACGGCCCGCUUGCGAUGGCGGGGUCGCCGAGCGGCGCGUCGCCGCGACUCGGGGCGGCGACUUCGCUGCCUGAGAGCCACCUGCUGCGGCGGGCCAACAAGCAGCAGCGCGGGGCGGCUGGCGGGGGCGCGCCGAUGAUGGGGGUGCACCCGCUCGCGCGCGAGGCGCUCAAGCAGGAGGAGCUGGGCACCGAGGGGUACAAGAAGUAUACGGUGUGGCGGAAGCAGCCCAUGCGGCUGGUGCUGAGCGAGCGGCUGCUGAUGAUUGACGGCGAGUACAUUCACAUCGUGCCGGCGUCGGGCGGCAAGGCGCUGCGCGACAGCACGAGCAAGACGACGACGGUGCAUUUUAGCAACGUGAUUGGAUGCAAGGUGGCACGCAAGCAUCCGACCAAUAUCAAGCUGGUGGUAUACAAAGCAGCCGAGACGAAGCGCUACGACUUUGAAGCGCGUAAUGCUGAGGAGGCGGCGGAAAUUGUCAACGAGCUGAAACGAGGUAUCGCUCCAUAUAACCGAGAGUAA